GAUUUCCCUAGCAAAUAAACCAGCAGCUGCAGGUCCAAGCCCUGGCUUAGUGCUGAGAAGGCGGCAUUUGUGUGGGACAGGAUGCUUUCAUGGAGCCCUUUAGCCAACUUCUUUUGGGACUUACAGUGCAAAAUAUAUUUUCUGCUUGUAGGGAUUUGUUCUGCCUUAAAAUUGACAGUACCAUCUCAUACCAUCCACGGUAUUGAGGGGCAACCACUUCAUCUUUCUGUUGACUACAAUUUCAAUGCUACAGCUUCUGAAAUCCAGAUAAUUUGGCUUUUUGAGAGGUCUCAAAGUAAUCCAAAAUAUGUGGUUGGCUCUGUAAAUCAAGGAGUAAUUCCAGACUUGGAAUACCAGGACAAGUUUACCCUCAUACCGCCGAAUGCAUCCUUGAGGAUUAAUCCAUUGCAUCUCAGUGAUGAGGGCAAUUACAUUGUAAAAGUCAAUGUCCGUGGAAAUGGGACCAUAGCUGCAAGUCAAAAGAUUCAAGUAGCUGUUGAUGUUCCAGUCACAAAGCCAACUGUACAUACUGAACCAUCUUCAGGAGUAGUGGAGUAUGUAGGGAAUAUUACCCUAAAAUGUACUGUAGAUAGAGGUACAAGAGUAGUUUACCAGUGGAUGAAAAAUGGGAAGCGUCUUCAUGCCGGCCCUAAUUAUACCUUUUCAUCAAACAAUGCUACACUUCUAAUUGUUCCUGUAGUAAAAGAAGACAUUGGGAAUUACAGCUGUCUGGUAUCUAACCCUGUCAGUGCAAUGGAAAGUGAGAUAAUUGCACCAACCAUAUAUUAUGGACCUUAUGGACUUAGAGUCAAAUCAGACAAAGGUCUGAAUAUCGGGACAGUGUUUACAGUUGACGUGGGGGAAGUUGUGCUGUUUGACUGCUCAGCAGAAUCAAAUCCACCAAAUACUUAUUUGUGGAUUAAAAGGGAUGACAAUACCACUCAAGUAAUCAAAUAUGGACCCCAUCUGGAAGUUGUAUCUGAUAAAGUGGCCCAGAAGACAGUAGAUUACAUGUGCUGUGCUUUCAACAACGUGACUGGAAGACGAGACCAAACUCACUUCACAGUUGUUGUUAUGUCUGUAGGGUUGGAAAAGCUGGCACAGAAAGGAAAAUCAUUGUCUUCUCUUGCAGUAAUAACAGGAAUUUCAUUAUUUUUGAUCCUAGCUAUGGCCUGUUUAUUCCUAUGGAAAAGAUAUCAGCCACAUAAAGUGAUACAACAGAAGCUACAGAGCAGGGCAGAGGCUGAUUACAGAAAAGCACAGGCAUUUUCAGGACAUGAAAGUGCUUCAGAUGAUUUUGGCAUAUAUGAGUUCAUCACUUUUCCAGAUCUUACCAGUGGUUCUAGGGUUUCGAAUCAAUCUGUUCCUGGCCCUGACUUUGUUACAGGCCAGGAUAAGCUGAGUACGGUUUAUGAAGUUAUUCAGCACAUUCCUGAGCAGCCACAACAAGACCACCAACAAUGUAUAUGAAGACACAAGAAGAGGAAAUCAAAGCAUCUGAAAAUACCAAAGCUACUUCUUUUUUAUAAUAUAUUGAAGGAAACAAUGACAACUCCAAAAGUAGCAAAAGCUUAUGCCACCUUGUCUUAAAAUAGCAAUUUUCUUCAGACUGACAAUCCCUUUUCUUGGGUGCUCCAAAUUGCCCAUUUCUGAUUAUUUUUUCUUCUUUAAAGUAAUAAUUCCUUGGAAAAAAAGAGUAUUUUUUUUUUUUCAAAUCAGAGAAUACAAAAGAUAAAGGAAUAGCUUUUAAAGUGCACUAUAAAACUUACACCUUUUUUUAAAAACAUCGGCAGAGGCACAAGAAGGAAUCAGGACCUAGAUUCCAUCCAUUCUUGUUUUAUUUAAAAAAUAGGAAAAAAAAUAGCAUACAGAAGGUUCUUUUAUUUGGGUUGACUUUCACAAGGGAAGACCUCCAUACUGGCAUGACAAGUAAUAAAUGCAGUAUGUCAGAUUGCAAAAUACAUUUGAGGUUUAGAAUAAAGUCAUUCCUUUAACACAUUUAAUGUGAUCUGUCAGGCAGUUACAAAAAUGUACAUAUGUAUAUUAUUCUGAAUAAUGUGUUCUCAUUAAAUUCUGUUUCCUUUGCAUUUGAACUGGUUUUCUAUUUGCUACUGUCAAGCCUGUUUCUCAUAGACUAGGAGAGUAAGCAAUAUUCAAGUUAUUUCCGAAAGCUGCAGAAAGUUCAGGCUAUUUGUACAUUAAAAUAAUUCUCCAGUGCAAAUGAAACCAAUCUUACUCUGUUUAAACAGUUUGCCACAAGUCCCUUUGCAAAUAGAAUACUCUUCCAGAAGCUUCUGUUAGCUGGCUUCUGAAUCCUGCAGGAAAAUUCACUAUUAUUUCCACAGGGCCAGCUAUUAGCUGGUGUCAGUUAGCUGGGAAAAGAGGAAAUAUGAGCUGAAUUAUUCUAUAGGGGAAAAAAAGCUACUUCAGGAACAGUUAAUUGUGAAGAAAAUCAUUACUGUGAGUAAUGAGAAAGCAUUCAGUGUGUCUGCCCUUUAAGGCAGGCUGUAUGGUAUUAUUUAAAGCACUCUAUAUUAUGAAAAAUAAUUUAAAAUACCUCCUUAAUCCUUAAUUCUUCCUGUCUCCAUCUUCCAAGAACAAGGAAAAAUAGCAUGGUUUUCAGUGAGCAUUCUGAUCUUGUGAGGCUGAAAAAAAAGGGGAAAAAACAACUGCACCACUGCAUGUGAGGAAAACAGGAUUUGGCAUUUCACAGAGGCAGCACGUGAAGCCCAGAUAUGCAAGUAGUAGUGACAUGAUCUCAAAAAUAACAUAGUCACCAGAUUUGUUCCCUAAGAAAUAGCCAUCUGACAUGAUGGCAUCAGGCAGAGGCUCUAAGCAGAAACAUUUGGGCUGAACUCUGAAAGACUGAGAAGCUUAGAGAGUUCCCCAUAAAUUCCUCCAUAGUUCAGUCAGAGCUGACUUCAUGUGUGUUUCAAAUCAGGACAGCUCUUUGGGAUUUGCAAAGUCUGAUUUUCACCCUCUUUUCUCCUUCUCUUGCUGGAAUGAUAAUUUUAAUUGCUCUGAAGAGAGUAUGCUGUUUUCUGAAGUGCUUGAGAUUGUUCCAUCUUACCGCAUUGGAUGUCCCUGCAGGCCACAGGGUAGGAAAUGCAGAUAAGAAAGUAGUUUCUCCAACUCUGGACUCUCUGUAUUUAAAACUGCCAGUCAUUUAUAUUUUUUAAACUUUUGUGGAGGAAAAAAAAAGAAGUCAGGUCAAUAUCAGCUCUGUUCUAUGUUCUUUUAAGCUCAUUUAAGCCCAUGCCCAAUCAUUUUAAAGGUCCCAAAACAUUUUGUUUCAGAAUCUGUGCUCGUGUCUCAAUAAUAGACUAGCAAACUGUUUUGGAUUAAGCCACUCACUCAUCAAUAAUGUGAGAUGGCUUCAGUAGUCCAAUACAAAAGUCCACCUUAAUGGUAUUUUGAACUUCUGAAAAGUGUCUGUAAAAAUAAUUGUAAAUUUAAUAAAACAAUUUUGUUUAUCCAUCAUAUAAUGCCUAAUAGUUCUGUGGGUCCAUGCAUUUUCGCUGGAAAGAACACCCAUCAUUAGGUUUGUAAAUAAGAAACAAAAACCUGCCUGUUGCAAGUAAAAUCCCCUAGAGGUCCUGUAUGCAAGCCAUGGCUGCCACCUUCCUACUGCCCACCUUCAACAAAAAUUUACAGAAAAAAGGGAAGGGAAAUUUAUUUUACUGUAGAAAGAAGAAAAACUGGCUUAAAUAAUUCUUCUAGCUAUGGCAGCAGAACCAGUCUGCAAAUAGGAAUAUGUUAUUGAAACAGACAGAGAACAAACACAGGCAAGUCAUCUUCUGCUUAUAAUAUAUUGUUAUCAUCUGUUUUUGUUUCAUUGUGCCUUGUGUACUACUGACUUAACCAAAAAUACACUGGCAUAAAUUCAUAUUCAAACUGUGUUUAUUCUUUACUGUCCUUCCAAAAUUUGCACAGUGCAUUGAGCUACUUUUGGUGGGGAAAUCUAUUUGGUGAAGGUAUAAAAACAAAUCAACUACAAGG